CAGGUGAUGUGCAAUAGUUUAAGYAAUGCUAGAUCUUUAAUAAGAAAAUAUGUUACAGCUACACUAAAUAAACUUGAUUUAAACAAUGACAACACACUUUUCUCUUUGAUUUUAAACUCUUUUGAUCAUUCAGAAACUUGAUUGCAGUUGAAUCUGGGUUAAAGAUCUUUCAUUUCCCGUUAGCCAGGAUURCUGUGGUUUAUAAUUAACUAUUUGUUGAACUGAGGGAUUUUCCAAUUUUUUGAAUAAGGUCAACAAAAGAUAAGGCGUGUGUGCUUUUUCUUUCAAAUGAAUGUUUUCUAAAAUGGGUGUUUCUUGUUUUGCGCAACAUCCCAUGCAGUUACCCUUUAGAAACGAGAAGCUUGUCAAGAAGAAAAACUUUCAACUCGAAACACAAAGAUGAAGAAGGUUACUGUUCUGUKUCUUGCUCUUGGUUUCUGUCUGUGUGAGCCUGAAACCCAAAGAAGUCAGUGUUCAGGUCUAAGCGAUUGUAACUCCUGUUCCCUUACAUCCAUGGCUGAGAAAAUGGGAACACUGGUGGAGAAAGUUGGAAAUAUGGAAAAUCAAAUCAAAUUUCUGGAGACCAGCCUUCAAAACACUGAGAAGGAAAUCCUGGAGCUACGAAGCCUCACUGCAGGCAGACCUCAGGUGGCAUUUUCUGCGGCUCUCCUGGAUACUGGCAGUGGGAAUACAGGGCCGUUUACCACUGCUGUUCCACUGAAGUAUAAAAGAGUUUUCUCCAACACUGGCAACAGCUACAAUCCAGCAACUGGUAUUUUCACAGCAUUGGUCGAUGGGAUGUACUUCUUUCGGUUCUCCAUGUACAACAACUUCAAUCCAGCUACCAACUCAGUUGUGUGUCUGAAGAAGAACAAUGAAAGGCUGACGUCGGUCUGGGACACCUCAGCGGCUGACGCCAACGACAUGGGCAGCAACGCCGCGGUCAUCCCCCUGAAGGUGGGAGACACGGUGUACGUGGAGCUGCAGGCGAACAGGAUGGUCUAUGAUGAUGCUGCGAACUACAACACAUUCUGUGGCUUCCUGCUCUUCACCACCUAAUUCACUGGUCAAGAUGUCUAAGAAAACAGUUUUGCGUAUACAAUUUCCAGUWAGCUUAUUAGCUUAGCUUCCCUCAYGGUUGAGACUACAUACGUCACGGCCAAACGUUAGCAAUUAGGUAAAUUGGAUCCAAUCAUUUUAAACUUCAACAGAGACCACACCUCCAGCUAGAAAUCAUUUCUCAAUAAUCGAGAGUCCAGACCCUCUGUACGAAGCAAAGCGUAGGACAAGGUAACUCAACGUGUUCUCAUAACUGAUGAAAGCAAAGAGAUUGCAGUUUGUAGUUUUGUUUCAGUGAGAUCUGUAUAAUUGACUUUUUAAACAUGUAUGUAAUCUUUCACCAAACUGACUUUUUACCAUAUACAGUAUCUGUUAAAUCAUAUUUGAUCACAUCAACCUGUUCAGGGACUGCAGGUGGAAAUUAGCAUUGAUAUAACCUGUUACGAUGCAUCUCUCCUUUUAAAAGGUUAAUGAAAUGUUGUAUAUUGUCUCUGUGUAAAUAAAAUAAACAGUAAACAAUAAUAUAA